AUGGCAACUCAGGUCCCGUCGGCUGCGGCCCGAAGACUCAAAAAGGACUACAAAGAGCUACUUCGAGAGCCCGUGCCCUUCAUUACUGCCCAUCCCUUGGAGAACAACAUACUUGAGUGGCAUUACGUGCUGAAAGGGCCGCCCGACAGCCCCUACGCCGACGGCAUAUACCACGGAUUGGCCAAAUUCCCGGCCGACUUCCCGUACAAACCGCCCUCUAUUCGCAUGUAUACACCGAACGGGCGUUUUGUGCCAAAUCAGUCCAUCUGUCUGUCGAUGAGUGAGUUUCAUCCGGAAAGCUGGUCACCCCUCUGGACAGUGGGCGCCGUAUUGAACGGUUUGCUCAGCUUUAUGCUGACCAACGACAGGGCCAGCGGUUGUAUGACUACCAGUGAUCAGCAAAAGCGUGUACUCGCCCGACAGUCCUGGAGAUAUAACAGACAAAACCCCGUAUUCUGUCAAUUGUUCCCCGAUUUGGCCGAAGAGGCGAAGACUAAGCCCUAG